CGUGAACGAACAUCGUCGGCAGCGACACCGAGUGUCUGUUGGUUGUUUGUCGAAAACUGUUUUUGUUCUGUUUCUGGCGCGGCGUCAGUGUUUUCGGUUGUAUUUUCACCUUGGAACUUUUCACAGAUACAAACGAACCACAAAAAACCGAACCUGCAACGCUCACAGCUGACGUAGACGUAUGGAUGGUAUGGCACAAAAAAUAUAACGAACGAUAAAAAGUUGCCCACAACAACAAAAAAAACUGAUUUGCAUGACGGCAUGAGGCUGGUAGCACGUAGCACUCAAAGUGCAACGGCAACAGCAAGGAGUGGAGCAACUGCAACUAAGAAAUUCACAUGCGCCGCUGCCUGAGCAUGAUAAUUCCUAAGGGAUGUGCGUAUGGUUAGGGCAGGAGUUGCACCUGCCAUUUGUAGGGGGACAGGGCUGAAGCGAGGCAAGAACUGAGGCAAGUACUGAGGCUGAGACAGAGGCAGGGACAGAGGCAGAGGCAGAGGCAGGGAUAGAGGCAGAGUCACAGUCUAAGGCUUAGAUUAAGUCACAGUCUAACUCAUAGAUCGAAUCACAGGCAGAGUCACAGUCUGUGGCAUAUAACGAGUCACUCGCUACGCGUCCCCAGGCUCUCACAUGAGCUAGGAUUAUGUGACACAGGCAGCAGCGGCCGCCGUUGCCACCAUGGUCAUCUCAAGCAACACAAGUAGUCAUCGUCCAAUGCCACUUUGCCUGCCAAAUCCACUACCACUUCGCCUCUCGCCACCACGCCUCUCGCCACUGCAACUCUUCAAAUGCCUCUGUUUGGUCUCGCUGCUGCUGCCACUCGCUUGCGGUGACUGGCUAAUGGAUUGUGGCAACUGCCACUGCAAGUGGAACUCUGGCAAGAAGACUGCAGACUGCCGCAAUCUGAGCCUCAGCGGUGUGCCCGAGUAUCUCAGCUCGGAGGUGCAGGUGCUGGAUCUGUCACAGAAUCAAAUACUCUCGCUGGAGGAGAACGCAUUUCUGGCCACACAGCUGCAGAAUCUGCACAAGCUGUUCAUACGGAACAGCACACUGCAGCGGAUUAUACCGCAGAGUUUCAAGCAGCUGGAGAUACUCAUUGAGCUGGAUUUGUCCAAUAAUUUGCUGCGCGAACUGCCGCCCAAUGUCUUUGAUUGCUUGACCAAGGUCCGGGCCCUGGUGCUCAAUGGCAAUCUGUUACAGACGCUGCGCGGCGGCGUGUUUCACCAUCUAAAGUAUCUGCACAAGAUCGAGCUGAAGCACAAUCGACUGGUGAGCAUCGAUGUGGAGGCAUUUCAGGGCGUGCCGCUGCUCUCGCAAAUCUAUUUGGAUGGCAAUCAGUUCCGCGUGCUGCAUCGCGAGACUUUCCAAAGUCUGACCCGACUGACGGCACUGUCGCUGGAUCAGAAUCCCUGGAAUUGCACCUGCGAUCUGCAGGAGUUUCGUGACUUUGUGCUCAAAAUGAAUCUCUAUACACCGCCGACGGCCUGCCGCUAUCCGUUGGCGCUGCGCAGCAUGCUGUGGAUUGAGGAUCAGCCGGAGGCAUUCGCCUGCAAGCCCAAGAUUGUCUAUCCCUCACGCGGUGCCUCCAUCAACACCUCCAAGGAGAAUGUAACGCUCGUUUGCCGGGUGCACGGCUCACCGAACACCGUCGUGGCCUGGGACUACAACAAGCAGCUGUACAAAUCGGGCACCACGUCGCGCGUCCACAUCGAGAUGCUGCGCGAGGACACACGGAGAUCAACGAGGGAUCCACACUUUGGUCGCGAUAUCUUCACCUCACGCCUGACCAUUGUGGGUGCCGAGAAGAGCGACGAGGGUGUCUACACCUGCCUGGCGGAGAACGCCGGCGGCAAGGAUGCCGUCCAAAUGAGUCUCAUCGUGCAGCCCACAGUGCAGCGGGACUUGCUGCUCAACAGCAAUAUCUUUGUCAUCAUUUGCUUGAUGGUGUUGGGUCUGCUCAGCAUUUCGGUGCUGCUCUCCAUGGUCACGUACUGCAUCUACAGGCGCUUCAAGCAUCUCCAACUGCAGCCCACUCAACUGCGCUUCUCCGCACAGCAAUUCUCUGCCAGCGAUGCGGGUGAGGUUCUCUCGGGCAUGAAUGGUGUCACCAAUAGCAUUGUGGUGGCCGGUGGCACCGAGAUGCUGCUAAAUACGUUUCACAAUCCAAGACACAAUCAAGGUCAAGCAGCGACAGAUCGACGACAGCUGGAGGUCAUACCUACAGAUGGUACAAAAUUUGCCGACUUGAUAACGAGCAUUGACAGAGGUCGAAGUCCGCAUGCCAUUAUGGGUUACCUGUGCAGUCAGCACUCCACAGUGAUGGCAGGAGGCGGUACCACGGGCAGCAGAGAGGCAGCUGAGGAUCAGACGCUGAGUUUGGAGCGCAAGUUGAAAGAUAAACUCCACGUCGCAUCGAGACUGAUGCCAGUGGCUGCCGUGCGUGAAACUGCCAUCAUACGGCCGUGCGAGGAUUACCAGCCGGAUGUGCUGCCCACGAACAGCCCAACGGGUGGGCAUACGGAGCACACGGAGGAUCAGCUGAGUCAACAAUUAAUGCUAAUUGGUUUAAAUUCGCGCAGCAAGUACAACAUUAGUGUGCAAAAGUAUUUGCAGGAGAAGUACGGCACUGCUGUCAGAAAGAACAAUAACAACAUCUGCGACAGAGACAGAGACAGAGCCAGUGACAGGGAGCGUGACAGUGACAGCUGUCAGUUAACUGCAGCCGGAAGUCUACUGCCUUACCCGCCAAAGGUGUCACAGGAAGAGUCAGAGGCACAGCCACAGCCACAGUCACAAUCCAUGUCCCAGUCCCAGUCCCAGUUGCUGCAAAGGCAUUGCCAGUCGCUGGCAUUGCCAAGCAGCCAACGCCACCAACCCACCGAUAGCCAGUGCCGUCAGCCAUCACCACCGCCAUACAGCAGAAGCAGAAGCAACACCACCCAGAACACAACCACCACCAGCAAUGCAACCACCAAUCAAAGUGCAACAACUGUGUCUGUCGGCGGCGUCGGCGGGGUCAUGGAUAAUAUGAUAGCAGCAAUUACAGUGACAACGUCCUCCUCCAGCAUGCAGCAAAAGUUAAAUCCCCAAGCAGCGACCAGUGCGUCCCGCCAGAGCAUUCUCUGACAGCUACUGCGAGCGCAGUUUUGACCAGACGAUCAGUAGCAUCUAAGCCAACGAUUGUGGCAUAAUAUAUUCGAAUUUUAAAUAGUAGAUACUUAGACAAAAAUAUAUAAAAUGAGACACACACACUUAUACUUACGUAUAGCCCUUACAUUGUAUGCCUCUAUAAACCAAACAAUAAAGUGAAAAAAUGAACUGAAACUAACUUAAAAUUAAAGUGAAUUAAAGCGAAAAUCCUUUCGAGAAACCCAAA